UUUUCGCUUUCCAGAAAAUGAAACUGAAGCGGGACGGUGGUCACAUGACCGGGGGCUCCGAAUAAAGGCGGCCGCUUCCUCCGGAGUUUCGCUCCCAGACCCGCGGCGGCCGCAGACCGCGCGCCCCGCGCACCCCGGAGGAGGCAUGGCGUGCCCUUCCUGCGGGCACGUCCCCGGAGAGGACGCUGCCAAGUUCUGCAGCCAGUGUGGACAGCGGCUGCCCGGGGCCGUCCCCGCGCCAGGGUCUGAGAACAACCCCACGGAGACCUCGGCCCCCGAGGGGGAGAUGGAGCGUGGACAGGAGCUGAAGGAGGAAGGCGGCCCCACGGAGACCUCGGCCCCCGAGGGGGAGAUGGAGCGUGGACAGGAGCUGAAGGAGGAAGGCGGCCCCACGGAGACCUCGGUCCCGGAGGGGGAGAUGGAGCUUGGACAGGAGCUGAAGGAGGAAGGCGGCCCCACCGAGACCUCAGCCCCCGAGGGGGAGAUGGAGCGUGGACAGGAGCUGAAGGAGGAAGGCGGCCCCACCGAGACCUCGGUGACCUUGGUCCCGGAGGGGGAGAUGGAGCUUGGACAGGAGCUGAAGGAGGAAGGCGGCCCCACGGAGACCUCGGUGACCUCGGUCCCCGAAGGGGAGAUGGAGCUUGGACAGGAGCUGAAGGAGGAAGGCGGCCCCUUCCCGUCGCUGGGCUCCGGAGACGGGCAGGAGAGUCUGGCUGAGUCCGGCUUGUGGACCACCCAGAAAGGACCUGCGCGCGAGGUUUGUGUAGACGCGGCCGCCCGCUCCGCCGGGGAGCCGGAGGCGGCUCACUGCCCUCCCUGCAAACGAAGAAAGGAGGACGCAGCCCCGCCUGAGGUGCUGGCGGCCGCCGGGCUCUCCGCAGACCCCCAGCAGGACGCGGCCCUGCCCCCACGCCCCGGCCAGCCGUGCGGGCCCCCGGGCGAGGGCUCGGGCGCAGGUGCCACGCCUGGCGGUCGCGGGGGGUCCCUGCCCGGCCGGGCUGCAGGCGUUGCGGAGGCAGACACGGGAGGCGAGUCUCCAGGCAGCGCGGCCCCCCAGGGUCCGACUGGCCGAGGUGCCCUUCCAGAAGGGAAGGGCCGGGAGGGGGCCGGCCCCACCCCCGCCCCCGCGGCCAGUGAGGGCGGUCCCGGGAAGGAAGCUGCCGCCCAGGAGCUCCCACCGCCGCCGCCUGAGACAGACGGCGCCCACCCUGAGCCCGGGAGAGAACCGCCGGCCACCACGGGGCAGCGGGCUGCGGCCCCCGCCUCUGGGGCUACGGCAGCCACAGCCAAGACGGGCGAUCCAGGGAAGGGGGCCAAGGAGGAAGUUCAAAAUGAGACUCCGAAAUCGAAACAGCCGCCCGCCAGCAUCCCUGCCCCCCGAGAGCACCAGCAGGAAACUGAAGCCAAGGGCGAGACUGCCGUUGCUAAAGAGAAAGCCAAGCCCCAGGCCCCGAAGAAGGCGGCCCAGGCUCCCGGGCAGGACGUGGCCGCCUCGAAGGAGAAGGCGCGGAAGGACCAGAAAGCCGACUCGCAGGCCGUGCCGGAGAGCCCCCUGCGCCCCGGGGAAGGAGUCUCGGUGUUCUUCCGCGCCAUCAUUUCCAAACACUUCGGCUUCGAGCCCAGCCACCACCAGGUGUUCGUCCGAGGGGGCGAGGAGCUGGGGGAGCCGAGAUGGCAGCGUAACGUGUGCGAGAUGCACUGUAUCAGGGACUUAGAGGCUCACGGGUACCUCGUCGAAGGCAGGGCCGUCAUCUCCAAGCAGCACCUGGACAAACCCAUCCCGUACAAGUACGUGGUCAACCGUGGCAAGGACGGCGUGGAGUAUGAGUUCAUCUACGAAAAGCAAAAGGAGAAGAACACGCAUGUCAACCGCUGCCUGCACGUGAGGUCCAAGCUGCUGGGCGCAGAAGGCUGGCAUCAGUACGAUGACAUUGUUUGCGAGAAGUCGCUCGGGAAGAUGCAGAAGGUGAUGGACUUUCUGACGGACCAGACGAGGAAAGACAUUGUCAGAGGGAAGAAGAUCGCCACCGCCGUGAUGCUGGACAGCCUCUUCGGUGCCCUCCGGCUCUGGGGCGCCGCCGGCUUGGACCGCUUCUUCGUCCAGUUCCGCCAGUUCUACUCGGUCGUCCGUGCGCCCGUGGUCCACGAAGCGGGGGAGCGGCCCUGGAGCUCCCUGCAGUACGAGGAGAAGCAGGUGAAGGAAGACCUAUGGGAGCAUCUGAAGACCAGGGUGGCGCCGUUUCUGCAAAGGGCCGGGGACUCUCUGCCGGCGGAUUUCCCAGUGCAGAGCAAGUUGAGGAUGGGCCUCGUCGUCCUGCGCCUGGCCCGAGAGUUCCAGCUUCCCGCGUUCCCGCACGACCUGCCCUUGCUGUGUGACCUGCUGUGCUGCAGUGCCUGCUCCCCCAGCGACUUCCACGCCGACCUGAGCCACAUCUUGGAAACACCUCAGAGGUGGCGAGAGGCCCUGGCGGUCCUGUGCCUCGAGAGUGUGACCCACGGGGUGGGCCACUGGGUGGGCGUCCUGCCUGUGCUCCACCGCUGUAUGGAGCGGCCCACUCGCAGAGGGGACUCCAGGAUCCAGCAUGAGGAGACCUGGGCGGCCCUCGAAGGAGUCCCUUUCAAGGAGUUCCGGGAAAAGAAGGCAGAUGGGAAGAAGUUGCUGCAGCUGAUGAGGGAGCGGAAGUCCCUGCUGGACCUGGACGAGAGCCUGUUCCGCUCGUGGUUCAGCGUGCUGCCCCUGAGCUCCCUGGUCCCCUUCCUGCAAGAGUUCACUGACCACCGGAGUCGCUUUCUGGCCCACAUCCUGGACUGUCUGCAAGGGACCGUCCACCGGCUUCAGGAACUGAGGGAAGUCUCCAAGAGGAAUGUGGAGGACGUCAAGGACACUUUGAAAAUGCUGCUGCAACUGCUGGACAAGUUUCGGGACAGCGUCCCGGAGAAGACUUCGCUCCAGCCCUACCUGACCGCGUGCCUGGAGCUCCACAAGGCCGUCUGCAAACUCACCAAGGAGCACGUGUUCCAUGAGCUGCCCGCCCUGUCGGCCGAGGCCGUUCUCGUGGUCACGGCGCUGAAGCCUCUAGCGGACGCAGCGGCGGGGCGGGGCAGUGAAAUCGGGCAGAGCUCGGUGAGGACCGUCGUGCAGACGACCCUCAACACUACAAGAUCGUGGCUCCGGGGAAUCUUCAGUAAGAGCAUGUUCCAGAGCUCACAAGCCUCUCUUUUCACUACGGUCACAUUCACGUACGAGCAGGAGGUGCAGGUCUGGAGGCGGCUGGUGGAAAUAGACUUCCCUGCGGAGCACGGCUGGAAGGAGUCUCUGCUGCGGGACAUGGAAGGGCGGCUCAAGCAGGAGAACCCCCGCUUCCAGAUCUCUGCCUUCUGCAGCACCGACUGGAAGGGCAUGGAUGCAGAGGACAGCGUGGCCAAGUGCUUUGAGAGCUGCGUCAUCGAGGCCGUCAGCCUGGCCUGCCAGUCUCAGACCGGCGUCCUGGAAGGACUGUCCUGCAGCGACUUGAGCCGGUUCGGCACGCUUGUGUCCGCCGUGAUCACGAAGUCCUGGCCGAAGGACAGCUGUGGCCCCGUGCAUGACCUGCCCAAGGUCCUGGAGCACCUGCUCACGGGGCCGGACAUCAAGCACCUCUUCAGGCUGUAUGGAACGGAUGAGAAACUGCUGGCACACUUCACCGAGGAAGGCAGGACUCUGAUGGUUGCUGCUGACUCCGUCAUCACGAAGGUGGCCAGUGACCUCCUGAGCGGGGAGGUGCUGGUGGGGCAGCUGGAGCUCAUCUGGAGCCACCGGGGCCAGUUCCUUGACAUCUGGGAGCUGAAGAGAAAAAGUCUUUCACCCCAGGAGAAAAAGCAGGAUAUGAAGUGGGUGCUGCGCUGCCGGUGGGAAGCGCUGGCGUUUCUGCAGGAAGAGAAGAGACGCGUGGACAGCCUCCUGAAGCUGUGCGAGGGGGUGAAGCACCUGGUGAAAGUGGACUUCGGAGAGAUCGCAAACAGACACUUGGAAAACCUCAGCGGUAAAAGGUUAAAUGACGUCGUGGUGCCGAGAUCAUCACCCACCUCCUCAGACUUGGAGCUGGUAACACAUUACUGCCUGAGCCCCAGUGUCCGAGACAUGGCCCAAAGGAUAGACUCGCUCAAGGACAGUCACAUCUUCCGGACCUUCUGGGAGGAGGCCGCGAAGGCCCUGCGCCUGCUGCGGCAGGAGGAGGCGCGGCCGCUGGUGGACCUUGAGGACGUGUACGAAGAGCUGUAUGGUCCUUGUUUGGGCAAGUUCUGGAAACUGUAUGAGGACCUGAAGUCAGGAGAGUUGACCUUGGCGGAAGUGGACACCAUCUUCGAGGUCUUCGUGAAUCGGUACAGCAGCCUCACCCCCGACCUCCUCACCAUGUGCGCCCUGGACCCCAAGGACCCGCAGGGCUGGGUCCCAGAGCGCGUUGGGCAGAUCAAGGAGUACCACCACCUGCAGCGGGCCGCCGACGUGGCGAAGGUCAUCCAGGAGGUCAAAGAGGUUUUGGGCCUGACUGGCGACUUUGGGGCUCUCCACAUUUUAUUGACACUUACGGACCGUGUGGAGGACUUCCGCCAUGGGACCCUGGCCCAGAUCGACGAGACGGUCGUGUCCUCCAACAGGCUGCUGCAGGACGUGGACGAUCCCCGGUUCCAGGCCCUGCAGGAGCUGGCCAUGAGGAGGGAGUUCGUUGCCUGGGUCCGGGGGGCGCUCGGAGGCAUCCACGAGCUGAAGGUGUUCGUGGACCUGGCCUCCAUCUCUGCGGGGGAGAAUGACAUCGACGUGGACCGCGUGGCCUGCUUCCACGAUGCCGUGCAGGGCUACGCGUGCCUGCUCUACAAGCUGGACGUGAGCGCGGGCUUCCGUGAGUUCAUGGGUGUUCUGAAAGAACUGUGGAAGGCCCUGGAAAACGACCGGCAUCUGCCCAGAAAGCUUCGUGACUCUGCCCGGAACUUGGAGUGGCUGAAGACGGUGAAGGAAAGUCACGGGUCCGUGGAGCUGUCGUCCCUGUCACUGGCCACCGCCAUCAACAGCAGAGGUGUCUACGUGGUCCAGGCACCUGAUGAUGGCAAGCCGAUUUCCCCAGACUCGGUUCUCCAUCUCGUCUUGCCCGAGAGCCAUGGGGCCAUCAGGGAGGAGCGAGAGUACUCCUUGGAGGAGCUGAAGGAGCUUUUGAACAAACUGAUGCUCAUGUCUGGCAGGAAAGACCAGAACAGCACGGAGGUGGAGGUAUUCUCGGAGGUGUUCUCCAACAUGGAGAGGCUCGUGCACUCCUUCAUCAGCCUCUACUCCGCCGGGAACUUGCUGUUCCGGGACUGGAGGGCCGAGGUGUACUGCUCCCCCGAAGGCGACGCCUCUGUGCAGGUAGACUUUGGCCCGUGGCAGCUGCCGACGCUGGAGGGUCAAGGGCCGCUGGCCCUGGUGCUGGAGGCCAUCUGCCGAGAGAUGGAGCACUUCCUGGGCCAGUGGGAGGCUUUUGUGGCGCAAAAACGAGCUGAGCACUUCUACCUCAACUACUACACGGCCGAGCAGCUGGUCUACCUGAGCACGCAGCUCCUGAGGCACCCGCCCGAGGACGCCGCCCUCACCAUGCUGUCCUUCCUCAAGCCUGACUGCAGAGCCCAGGAUGUGUGGGAGGCCUGCCGGAGGCCCAACAGCGUGGCAGCCCGACGGUGGCCUCUGACACAGACAGACGAAUUGACGCUCAUGCUCAGCGGUGCGCCUGGCCUGGUGGACAAGCUCAGGGUCAUCAUGGAACAGUCCCUGACGGGCAUGUGUGACUACCUGCCCCACUGCCUGGACCUCGAGGGCCUGGGCCGCUGCCUGGCUCACCUGGCGACGAAGGGCCGGUCUCCCAUCACACGGGAGCUCCCGAAAGGCCUGCAGGCCGGCCAGCCCAAUCUCAUCGUCUGCGGCCCCUCGGAGGUGCUGCUGGCCGCCCUGGCCCUCUACAUGCGCAGCCCACGGCAGCCGCUACCCACCUAUGACGAGGUGCUGCUGUGCACCCCGGACACCACAUUGGAGGAGGUGGCGCUCCUCCUGCGCCGCUGCCUGAGCCCCAGCUCCCAGGGCCACGGCAUAUACAGCCUGCUGCACGCGGACCAGCUGAGCUACGAGGUGGCCUGCCGGGUAGAGGCGUUCUUCCAGAGCCUGUGCGUGCAGCCCCACCGGGAGGACUACCAGCUCGUCCUGGUCUGCGACUCCGAGCGGGAGCACUGCUACCUUCCCUCGGCCUUCAGCCAGCACAAGGUCCCCGUCACCCCGCAGGCGACCCUCGAGGCCAUCCAGGCUUACUUGGCUCAUCACUACCAGGUCCCCGAGCAGACCCCAUCGGCCGCAGCUGCGUUCAGGGACCGGAUGUGUGUUGGGAUCGUGGCCUCAGAGAGAGCUGGUGUUGGAAAGUCUCUCUACGUGAAGAGGUUGCAUGAAACUCUGCAAAUGAAGUUCAGUGGGAAAAAUGUGCCUCUGAAAAUCGUCCGGCUGAUCGACCCUCAGGUGGACGAGCACCAGGUCCUGGGCUCUCUGCUGCCUUUCCUGAGCGCCCAGUACCAGGCGAGACCCAUGAUCUUCCACUUCGACGUGACCUCCUCGGUGGAGACGGGAAUGUGGGCGUUUCUCUUCAAACUCCUGAUCCUACAGCACUUAAUGGAUAUAAACGGGAAGAUGUGGCUUCGGAACCCGCGCCAUCUGUACAUCAUCGAGAUCCUGGAAGGGCACUCGGCGCUGCCUCAGGGGCCUUCCAGACGGAGGACACAGGCCCCCCAGUUCAGCUUUCUUGACGUCUUCCCCAAAGUCACCUGCAGGCCUCCCAAAGAAGUGAUCGACAUGGAGCUCCACCUCCAGUGGAACUGCAGAGAGCCAGGGAUGGAUCAGGCCGAGUUCUGCAGCGAGACCUUCCAAAGGCCUUUCCAGUACUUGAAACGGUUCCACCAGAAACAAGACCUGGACGUGUUCCAGUACCGGAGAGGCCGGGUCGAGGGCACCCCCGAGGAGUGCAUCCAGUACCUCCUCAUCUACUGCGGGGUGGUCGACCCGUCCUGGUCGGAGCUCUGGAACUUCGCACAGUUCCUGAACUACCAGCUCGGGGACUGCGAGGCCUCCCUCUUCUGCAACCCCAGCAUCGUCGGGGACACGCUGCGGGGCUUCAAGAACUUCGUGGUCACCUUCAUGAUCUUCAUGGCGAGAGACUUCGCCACGCCCACCCUGCACACAUCCGACCAGAGCCCAGGAAAGCACAUGGUCACCAUGGACGGGGUCAAGGAGGAAGACAUAGCCCCCUUCUCUCUGCGGAGGAGGUGGGAGUCGGAGCCGCACCCAUACGUGUUCUUCAACGGUGACCACACGUCCAUGACGUUCAUCGGUUUCCACCUGCAGCCCAACCCGCAGGGCAUGGUGGACGCCAUCGAUCACGUGAGCAAGAGGGUGAUCAAGAAGGACGUCAUGACCGUGGACUUGUACCAGGGGCUGCUGCUCCAGAGGGUGCCCUUCAACGUCGACUUCGACCAGCUGCCCAGAGACAAGAAGCUCGAGCGACUCUGCAUGGCAUUGGGGAUCCAGUGGGUUAUGGACCCUGACGACACGUACGAGCUCACGACGGACAACAUGCUGAAGAUCCUCGCCAUCGAGAUGCGCUUCCGCUGCGGCAUCCCCGUCAUCGUCAUGGGGGAGACUGGCUGUGGGAAGACCAGGCUCAUCAAGUUCCUCAGCGACCUGCGGCGCGGCUACGCUCAUGCUGACACCGUGAGGCUGGUGAAGGUCCACGGGGGGACCACCGCCGACAUGAUCUACGCCAGGGUCCAGGAGGCGGAGAGCCUCGCCCUCGUCAACAAGGAGGAGCACCAGCUGGACACCGUCUUGUUCUUCGAUGAGGCCAACACAACGGAAGCCGUCAGCUGCAUCAAGGAGGUCCUGUGUGACCGCACGGUGGGCGGCCGGCGGCUGGCGGAGGGCUCCGGCUUGCACAUCAUUGCAGCCUGCAACCCGUACCGGAAGCACUCCCCGGAGAUGAUCUCCCGCUUGGAGGCCGCCGGCCUGGGCUACCGGGUGAGGGCCGAGGAGACGGCAGACAGGCUGGGCUCCACGCCACUCCGGCAGCUGGUGUACCGGGUGCACGCUCUGCCGCCAAGUCUGACUCCUCUCGUGUGGGACUUCGGGCAGCUGAACGACGCCACAGAGAGGCUGUACAUCCAGCAGAUCGUCCAGAGGCUGGUGGACACCACCGUGGUUGGUGACGACCAGAUGCACGUGAUCACUGACGUGCUGUCUGUUUCCCAGUGCUUCAUGAGGAAGUGCGGCGAUGAGUGUAGCUUCGUCAGCCUCCGGGACGUGGAGCGCUGCGUCAGGGUCUUCCGGUGGUUCCACGAGCACAGUGAGAUGCUGCUGUCCCAGCGGGGUGCCACUGUCCACGCCUGCGGGGACGUCGAGGAAGACCCUGUCCUCUGGGCACUGGUGCUGGCCGUCGGCGUGUGCUAUCACGCCUCUCUGGAGAAGCAGAAGUUGUACCGGAAAGCCAUCUGCCAGUUCCUUCCGCAGCCGUACAAUGACAGCAAGGCUGUGCUGGACACCAUAACGCGGGUGCAGGACCUCUUUCUGGAGGGUGUGCCUCUGCGGAACACCAUCGCCAAGAACUUGGCUCUGAAAGAGAAUGUCUUCAUGAUGGUCGUCUGCAUUGAGCUCAGGAUCCCCCUCUUCCUGGUGGGCAAGCCCGGCAGCUCUAAAUCUCUCGCCAAGACUAUCGUGGCAGAUGCCAUGCAAGGCCAGGCCGCCCACUCGGACCUCUUCCGGAACCUGAAGCAGGUCCACCUGGUGUCGUUCCAGUGCAGCCCUCACUCCACGCCGCAGGGCAUCAUCGGCACCUUCCGGCAGUGCGCCCGCUUCCAGCAGGACAAGGACCUGCGGCAGUAUGUCUCCGUGGUGGUGCUCGACGAGGUCGGCCUGGCCGAGGACUCGCCCAAAAUGCCUCUCAAGGCCCUGCACCCGCUGCUGGAGGAUGGCUGCAUUGAAGACGACCCCGCCCCCCACAAAAAAGUGGGCUUCAUCGGCAUUUCCAACUGGGCCCUGGACCCUGCCAAGAUGAACCGGGGCAUUUUCGUGUCGCGCGGCAGCCCCAACAGGAAAGAGCUCAUAGAGAGCGCCAAGGGCAUCUGCUCCUCGGACUCCCUCGUGCAGGAGAAGGUCAAAGGCUACUUCAAGUCCUUCGCCAAAGCCUAUGAAACAGUGUGCGAGCUCCAAGACAAGGAGUUCUUCGGGCUCCGGGACUACUACAGCCUCAUCAAAAUGGUCUUUGCCAGCGCCAAAGCCUCCAACAAGAAGCCUUCCCCGCAGGACAUCGCCCAGGCCGUCCUGCGGAACUUUAGCGGCAAAGAGGGCAUCUGCGCUCUGGACAUCUUCGCGAACAGCUUGCCCGAGGCCCGGCUCUCCAAGGAGGUCAACACCAUGCAGCUGAUCGAGCAGAACAUGUACGGGGACGCCACGCAGGCACAGGGCGGGGACCCGGAGGACUCGGAGUCCCGCUACCUGCUGCUGCUGACCAGGAACUACGCGGCCCUGCAGAUCCUGCAGCAGACCCUCUUCCACGAGGACCGGCAGCCGGAGAUCAUCUUUGGCUCCAGUUUCCCCCAGGACCAGGAGUACACGCAGAUCUGCAGGAACAUCAACCGGGUGAAGAUCUGCAUGGAGACUGGCAGGAUGGUGGUGCUGCUCAACCUGCAAAACCUGUACGAGAGCCUCUACGACGCCCUCAACCAGUACUACGUCCACCUUGGGGGCCAGAAGUACGUGGACCUGGGCCUGGGGACCCAUCGCGUCAAGUGCCGGGUCCACCCAGACUUCCGUUUGAUAGUCAUCGAAGAGAAGGACGUCGUCUACAACCACUUCCCCAUCCCCCUCAUCAACCGGCUGGAGAAGCAUUAUUUGGACAUCAACACCGUGCUGGAGAGAUGGCAGAAGGACAUUGUGGAGGAGCUCAAGGCCUGGGUGGACAGCUUCGUCAGCGUCCCAGCGACGUCGGUGGGAGCCACACACAAAUACAGCCCCUCGGAUGUCUUCGUCGGCUACCACUCAGACACCUGCGCCUCCGUGGUGCUCCAGGUCAUAGAGAGGCUGGGUCCCCGGGCCGUGACCCGUGAGCAUUACCGGAAGGUGCUGGAGGACGCCAAGUUGGUGCUGCUGGACUGUGCCACGCCUGACGCCGUGGUCCGGCUCAGCACGGCCUCCCUGAGCGUGUUUGCGGCGAACUCCCUGGCCCAGGAAUACUACUACAGGCAACAACACGACUCCUUUGCAGACUUCCUGCGGGAUCACCUACGCCUGCUGGAGUCGGAGCUGGAGCCGGAGCGCCACGCCGUCUUCACCGAGAUCACCACUUUCUCCAGACUGCUGACCGGCCAUGACUGUGAGGUUUUAGCAUCGGAAGUCACCGGCAAGGCACUGAGACCCACAAUCCUGUCGCUGCAGCAGUUCGACACCGAGUACUCCUUCCUCAGAGAAGUCCGAAAGUGCGUGACCCACACAGCCCCGUGCAAGAUCCUUGUCGUUCAGACGGACUUCGAGGACGGCGUGCGCAGCGCUCAGCUCAUCGCCUCCGCUAAGUAUUCUGCUAUAAACGAGAUCAGCAAGCACCAGGGGCAUCAGCACCGCGUCUUCGUCUACUUCAUCACCAAACUGUCCCGGAUGGAAAGCGGGAGGUCCUACGUGGGAUCCCAUGGAGGGCUGUGGCGGUCUGUGCACAUCGACGACCUCCGGAGGUCCACAGUCAUGGUGUCGGAUGUGACGAAGCUGCAGGACGUGACCAUCAGCCAGCUGUUCGAUCCAGACCAUGAAUUGGAGUCUGAGGUGGGGCACGGGGCCAGCGAUGGCCAUGAGGAAGAGAUGGAAGUGGAGCCCCAUGAACCGGGGUCCACGGCUCAGAUGGACAUGGAGACAGACAUGGAGACGGACCAUUCUGAGCCCCGGAGGAGCCACACGCCAGCCCUGGACACCAGCCACCUGCUGCGCAGCUGCGUGCAGAGCGCCGUGGGUCUGCUCCAGGACCCGAGUGAGCGCAGUCAGCGCAACAUGAGGCGUGUGGAGAUUCUGCUCGGCCUCCUCAGUGAGGACGACGAGCACAAAGCCGCGUUCUCCCGGGAGGCCAAGCGGCGCCUCCACGACCUCUUACGGAAGCAGGAGAGCUUCAUGCUGGCCAAGGAGCGGUGGGUGCAGGAGGAAGCCUCCAACCCCGACGCCCUCCAGGAGGCGGGCACGUUCAGGCACACCCUCUGGAAGCGGGUGCAGGGCGCCGUGACCCCUCUCCUGGCCAGCAUGAUAUCCGUCAUCGACAGAGACGGCAACCUGGAGCUCCUGGCCGUGCCCGAGGUGCCGUCGUGGACGAGAGACCUUUGGAUGUUUAUCUUCAGUGACCUGAAGCUGCUGAGCAUUCCUCUCGUGGCAAAUGCUACCAGGUUCAGAAGUGAGAUGUCGCACAUCCCAGUGCUGGGCCACAUGCAGCUCUCGGGGGACAACUGCAACAGCGUCCCGUUCAGCUGGAGAAUCAAAGACUACGUGGAGGAGCUGGGGGUCCAGGCUCAGUACAUCUCCGAGCCCGCAGGAGCACCCAAGAAGCUGCUGGAGAUCUUCUGGCAGACACCGCUGGGCUGCUUCCUGGCACGGCUCCCCGGGCCCGAGCGGCAGCAGCUGUUCCAGUGCUACCUGCAGGACUUCCUGCUCUUGACCAUGAAGGUGUCCAACAUGCAAGAACUGACGCUCCUGCAGAUGGCGCUGCGGUCCUGUGUCCAGCAGCUGAGAGAGGAAAGACCCCAAGAGGAGCUUUCCCUCCCCUGGGUGCACCUGGCCUAUCAGCAUUUCAGGAUCCGGCUCCAGAACUUCUCCAGAAUCUUGACGAUCCAUCCCCUGAUUGUAGACAGCCUCACUGAAGCUGCUCAGAGGCGCGACCCGGCUACACGUGAGAUGACCCUGGACGUGUACGCCGCACUGGCCUGUGCCGAGCUGCUGCUGAGGGACCUGCUGAAGCCCAGCCCCCAGGUGUGGCUGCAGAUGGUGAAGAAGCUGUCGAUGCCGCUGGAGCUCCUCUGCUCUGAGGGGUACCUGCAGGACUGCGGGGGCAGAGCCAGAGACCUCAUCAGGGAAGUGAGAACCUACUGGAAUCGCAUUUUCUCCGUUGCGCUCUUCGUGGAGCACGUUCUCCUGGGGACCAGGAGCCACCUGCCGGAGCUGCGUGAGCUGGUGACCGAGUCCGCGUUCACCCUGGACAAGCGUCUGCAAGGGAACUCUGACAUCAAGACCAUCCGGCCAUUCAGUGCCGUGAUGAAGACUCUCUGGGAAUGUAAGGACCAGGCCAGCCAAACCUUAAUCCGGUUUAGGGUCCAGGCGUGCCCCGUCUGCCUGGGAGAUGCGCAGGACCCUGUCCACCUGCCCUGUGACCACGUGUUCUGCCUGGGCUGUGUCAGAUCCUGCCUCACCCUUGGGCAGAUGAGCUGCCCACUCUGUCUGACUGACUUGCCAGAAGGCUUCUCUCCAGAGGUUUCCCAGGAGACGAGGGCCGCCAUUGAGAAGCACGCCCGCUUCCGACACAUGUGCACCAGCUUCUUCGUGGACCUGGUAUCCACUGUGUGCUUCAAGGACAACUGUCCCCCAGACAAGGACGUGGUAGAGAUGCUACUGUCGCUGCUCUUCGUGGAAAAGAAGCUGCUAAGAGGCGUACCCCAGAGACGCCGUGAACACACAAAAUCUCUGUCUCCGUUCAAUGACGUUGUGGACAAGACGCCUGUCAUCCGCUCCGUGGUCCUGAAGCUGCUCCUGAAGUACAGCUUCCAGGAGGUGAAGGGUUAUAUCCAGGACUACUUGACCCUGUUAGAGAAGAAAGCCUUUGUGGCCGAAGACAAGACGGAGCUGUACGUGCUCUUCAGCAGCUGUCUGGAGGACUCGAUGUACGAGAAGGACAGCGCCUUCUCUGGGAGCGAUGACGGAAGGUCCCUGCAGGAGGAUGUGCAGUUCCUCCAGGUGCUCCUGCGAGGGCCCCGGGAGCCUGCCUCCAAGGCCUCGGUCGAGGGCCUGCAGGAGGUGGCCAGGGUCCGCCUCUGCCUCGACAGGGCCGCCGACAUCCUCGCUGCGCUGCGGAAAGGCUCAGUGAUGGCUGAGGAGAGGAAGAAGUACCUACAGCAGGUGGAGCGCUUCUGCACGCAGGCCAGGAACGACUGGUACCGGGUGUACCUGGUGAGGAAGCUGACGAGCCUGCUGGGGAUGGAGUCUGUGCAGAGUCUCUCCCGGCCCGGCCACCCAGCCCAGUGGGUGUUUCCCCAGGAAGUCAUUGCGCAGCAGAGAGACCAUCCGGGCCACAUGGAUCACUUCCUGGUGCAUGGGCAGGAGUACAAGGCUGUCCGUGAUGCUGUGGGCAAAGCCGUGCUGGAGUGCAAGCUGCUGGACAUCAAGAUGGCUCUGCAGGCCUGCAGAAGCUCCCAGAUGCACCAGGCGGCCUACCUGUUGCUGGCGCUGUUCCGGGAGGUCGCCAGUCUAUACAGAUCCCGUAACGCCAGCCUGCACCCCACACCCGAGCAACUCGAGGCCCUGAAGGAAUUCAUUAAACAAAGCCAGAGCCUCUCCCCGGACAUGAGGCAUUUCGCAAUGUCCCUUGUGACCAAUGAGCUGCCACUGCUGAGGGCUCGUCCCCGUGGCGGCGACCUUGAGGGAGCAGUGACAGAAAUGGCUGUUCAUGCUGCCAUCCUCCUCCUCUGCGGACAACACAGAGUCUUGAAACCCCUAAAGAACUUGGCCUUCUCCCCAGCAACCAUGGUGAGGGCGUUUCUUCCAACGAUGCCUGAGGAUUUGCAGGCUCAAGCCAGACGCUGGAAGGGCCUGGAAGGCGUCCGCUGGUAUACAUGUCCUAAUGGUCACCACUGCGCUGUAGGAGAGUGCGGUAUGCCCAUGGAGCAGAGCGUAUGCAUCGACUGCCAGGCGCCCAUUGGAGGGACGAAUCACACACCGCAGCCAGGAUUCACUGUUGCUGGAGACAUCCCAGACAGAACUCAGACUGGCCACGUGCUGGGAAGCCCACCCUCUGAGGACAAGGUGGUGGUUUCGGACCGGGAGCUGUCCCCAGUGGUCUUUCUUCUCGCCCGGCUCCUUACUCACCUGGCUCUACUUCUGGGAGCGACUCACAGCCCGCAGGCUAUAAGGGACAUUAUCCGCCCUCCAGUGGAGGAUCCGAGAGAGUUUCUGGAGCAGCACAUCCACAGGGACAUGGAGCAGCUGACAAAGACGCUGGGCAGGAGCGCCGAUGACACGACGGGUGUGGUCCACCUCGUCCUGUGCAGCCUCCUCUCAGAGCAGUGCCACCUGCCCGGGCAGGGGUCUUUACUUUUUGAUGAGGUCUUGUCAACCAAAGAACAGAGAAACUCCUGGGAAAAGUGUGUGGAGACUCUCAUUGUACCUGAACUCAAGCACCUGGAUAAAGCUCUCCUGACAGUGAACACUCUCCUCCGCUGUGACGAGCGCAUCAGCUCCAACCCAGUGGCCAAACUCGUAUUCGGCGACCCAGUGUCCUUCCUGCCCCACCUGCCUCGGAACAGCGUGGUUCACAGCUCCAGGAUGUGGAGCUGUAGGACGAGGGUCACCAUGGAGUAUCUCCAGAAUCUCGUGGAGCAAAAAAAUGGCAAAGAAACCGUGCCUGUCCUCUGGAAGUUCCUGCAGAAGGAAGGAGAGCUGAGACUGGUGAAGUUCUUGCCCGAGAUCUUGGCCCUGCAGAGGGAUCUCGUGAAAUGGUUCCAGAAUGCUUCGGAAGCCCAGUACCUGCCCAUCUGUGACUUUAUUGCAAGUCACAGUUCAGACGGGCUGAAGCGGCUGCUCCGCAGCAGGUUCUCAUUGUUUCUGUCCAUGUGGAACAAGCUGAGGAGGUCCCUGGAGACCAAUGGUGAAAUCAAGCUACCAAAGGACUACUGCAGCGCCGACCUGGACCUAGGCUCCAAGCUCGAGGUCGUUCUGCCCCGCCGCCAGGGCCUGGGCCUCUGCUCCACCGCCUUAGUCAGCUACCUGAUUAGCCUGCACAAUGAAAUGGUCUACACGGUGGCAAAGCUCUCCGAGGAAGAAAACGACUACUCCGUCGAUGUCUCUGAGGUCACUGACCUGCAUGUCAUCAGUUACGAGGUGGAGCGUGACCUGACUCCACUCAUCCUCUCCAACUGCCAGUACCAAGUGGAGCAGGGUGGCGAAAGCCUGCAGGAGUUUGACCUGGAGAAGAUCCAGCGCCAGCUCACCAGCCGCUUCCUCCAGGGCAAGCCCAGGCUGACCCUCCGGGGACUCCCCACACUGGUGUGCAGACGUGACUGGAACUAUGAGCACCUCUUCACCAGCAUCAGGACCAAGGUGCCCCAGGUCCCCCUCCCCAAUGCGUCCCUCAGCGCCAUCAGCGGGCAGCUGCAGUCCCACAGUGACGCCUGUGAAGCUCUCUCUGUCAUAGAAGUCACUUUGGGGUUUCUGAGCACAGCCGGUGAAGACCCAAACAUGGACUUGAUCGUGUACAUCCAGGAUAAGCUGCGAAUAAGCGAUCAGACGGAGCAGGUUCUAAAGGCCCUACACAGGUGUCAGCUGAGGCACGUCAUCGCCCUCUGGCAGCUCCUCUCUGCUCAUAAGUCCGAGCAGCAGCUCCGCCUCAGGAAAGAGCCAUUUGGGGAGAUCAGUGCUGACUACAGAGUUGAGCUCAGCCCAGAAGGUGCUAAGCUCCUGCACACAUUCCUGAACCAGGGAGGCCUGGACACCUUUCUCUUGGAGCUCCAUGAAUUGAUGGUCUUGAAGCUGAAGAACCCCCAAACCAAGCAGGAUUUCAACCCCAACUGGAGCCUGAGGGACACUCUAGUAAGUUACAUGGAAACUAAAGACUGUGACACUCUGCCUGAAAUGGAAGCUCAGUUCCCAGAAGAGAUACUGCUCUCCAACUGUGUGUCCGUGUGGAAAAUGGCGGUGGAGCUGAAACGGGGUCGACAGAUGAGAUAGAAUUGCUUCCUCGGACUGUCUCCGCGUGAGGCUGGGGGAGAAAGGGCUCCCCGCUCCACAUCCAGUGCUGGGCACCCCCACGGCCUGGCAUCUCUGUGACUGCUAUCUCAGGAACGCGUAUGCACGCCCACACUGUCUCACCAGGGGAUGAAUUCCUGUCCCUGAGUAGUGUGACCCCCAAGUAAACCGUGCUCCUCAUAUCCCCCGGGGGAGUGUGUAGGAACACCCGUCUCAGGAAUCCGGGCCUCUUUGCUGAAACAUCCCUGCCACUAGGCCCCUUCCUCCUCAGACUACUGCACGGUCAGAGGGAACACGGGUUAUCACUUUUUGCCUUUUUUAUUUUCUAACGUGUUCUGCACUCUGAGAGGGGAACCUGGCUUUCCUCUUUCUUCUGUCCUUUAAACAAAUGUUUCUACAAAUGUUUCUAGGUAUCCAGGGACACAAACAAGUGCCAGGUUCUGUGUCCUCUCAUGAGCCAGGGCACCCCGUGAGUGACAAGUCCUGAAGCCAAACCGACCAGACCUCACCAGGCCCCAUGACAAGCCACUGCCACAUUUCAAGGGUCAGAGCACUGGGCUAAGAAUUCUGGACGCUUUUAGUCUUAGUUUCUCAUUAUCAAAUGAAGGAACCAGAUUGAUGGUCACAUUCCCUCCCCAUUCUAGUAUUUCAAAAUUCUAAACGGAAAUUUGUCGGUGCAGACUUGGGUGAAAGGCACAGCCCUGACAUUCUGGGGCAAGUGUCUGGCUGGCACUGUGAUGAAUAAACACGACCCCCAUGUGACCCCGGUGUCCCCGAGCGUGUGAGUAUCUGGUGCUGCUCCAGGUCUCAGCCAGGAUGUAAAAACACACUCGGAGAGAACACACAGCCACUCAGGUCUCUGGGAAAGGAACAGGGGAACGCCUGGCUGGCCCUGACCUCUUGCCCGCCGUGCCAUGGCAGUGUCGUAUCUCUUCUCCACAACCGCAUGGAUGCAGCGAGUCUCUGGACUCAUGCCUGCUCCUCGGGGCUCAGCACUCACGGCCAGCGAGAAACAACUGUUCACAGCCAGGCAAAGGUCCUUCAUGUGCAUUCUCAGUGAGUUAAUGACUCCUUCAGCCUGAAAUCGGGUCCAUGGGUGAUGAGAGCCACACAGACAGCCAGUGCGCACCAAGAACCCCGUGCACACCCUCAGUACUGGGCGGGAGCGCAGACAGCCCUGCCCCGCAUCACUGUUGCACAUCCUGUCUGCGUGGUGAGGGGAAGCCAAAGGUCCAGGCCCCCGCUCGUUCACCUAAUACAGAAUCCACCUGCUUUAUCUAAUCUGACUGUUCGGUCUUUCCAGACUACGUGAAGGCACACACCCCACCCCCGACAUCUGCAUCCUCAACUGCCGUUUAAUCAGGGGCAGGGGGUGGUUUGUUCAACUCCUCAACUUGCACUUGGAACUCCUUUGAUACCUCAGCGUUGGGAUGGCGCCAGCCAGGCCAUCAGGGGCCACUCCGGUUCCUCACUGGGCCACGCCUGAACAGAAGACCCUUUUGGGGGUGAAGGAGGAAUGGGGGUUUUCUCCCCACUUUUAUGAAGGUUUUUAAAUUACAAUGUUUUGUUUUAUAUGCUAUGCCUUCAGCGCCUUAACUCUCACUAUCUACCAUUAUCUUGUUUGUAUAAAACUAUACUUGCCUGGCAGAGACAAACGCAAAUCUUUAUAUUUGUUAUACCUGUUUAAUAAACUUGAGUUUUGCUGC